AGUGACACAAGAUGGCGACAGCGCGCGCGCCGCUUUGCCACAGCUCAGAGCUGGUGACGGCGGCAGCGACGACCCGUGGCUGUCAGUCGCACUCAGCCUGCACAACAAAAACAUCACCAGCAAGGUGUCCGACUCCCGAGGUUUUACCAUUCAGCUACUUGAAGAAGGCCUUGUCUAACAGACAGCAUUGACCUUCAUGCUGAAAGGUCAAAGGCUGUAAGACUGGAGACCCAUGGAUUGUGGUGGUCAGUUUGAGAGGGACGGUCGAGUAAUGUCGCAAGUUCCUAUGGGUGGGGUUGACCUUUGCGAUAACCUACACAGACCUGAAACCCUUGCUGCCCAAACUCGAAACCUCAAUGAGGCAAACACCCUCACACAGACUUCAAAUCCCUGUUCCUCACAAAAUGAAGAGGAGCAAGAGCACAGGAUCAUUCUUAAUACCUCCCUCAACAACAAUGCAAAAGGCGAAGAAGUGCAGGAAGUGGAUAAACAGGGAAACAUAGGAAAAGGCACAGAGGAUGAAGAGGAAGAAGACACUGAUGAGGUGAUGAAGGAAGCACCAGAAGAGGAGGAGGAGGAUGAAGAGUCUGAGGAAUCAAGUGCUCUAAUUCACUGCCAGUCGCCUGAUACUCCCAUGACUGAUUCUUCAUAUUCAGAAACUGGCAGCCUGCUGGAGUCUCCUUAUCCUUUUAGCCCUGGGACCAGUCCAGAGCCUACAUCCCCUAUUGUUCCAGUCAGUCCACUGAGUGAUACUGAAGUGGACUCUCAGAUCUCCAUCACACAUCCAACUACAGUGGGAGACACAGCUGCUGAUUCCCUACCUUUAACAUCAGACACCAGGCCAACCAGCUCACCUGUGUUUCCCUGUGUUUCGGGGACUACAGAUAGCACAGCAGAAAGUGUAUUCACUGCAGAACACACUUCAUUUACCUCAUCCACAGAGCACAGGCCCACAUGUACCAGAGGGCCUGCCACUUCACACGCGGAGCCUCAAGCCUCAAGGCUCAGCACUUUCGUUGCUUCCACUACAGGUUCUGAGACUACUAGUACAGAACCCACCUCGACCGCAGGGCCUAUAAACUUACACUGGGGACAUAUUACCUCAAUGUCAGUGCCCCCUUGCUUUUCAGUCUCCACCUGCACCACAGGACCUAUUCAGUGCACUUCUCCACUGGAGUGCCUUGAGCAGUUGGCACAUAAAGGGGAUGACACUCGCCUACCACAAUACCUCCACCAGAUUGCUGAGACCUUUGUCCUUCAUGAAGACUACCAGCGGGCACUGUGGUGCCUCCAACUAGAGAGACUCUAUCACCAGAGAGUACUGGACAACCUGAAUACGCUACAGGAACAGUGGGAGAGUAAGUGUAGGACUUCCUCCAGCCUGGAAAUUCAACAUCUGGACAGUCUUAAACACAUCUGCCUGACGCACAGCCGACCAGUGGCUGGAGAUGCUGUGUCUGCAUCUACGUUAGAAGAGGGGGGAGCGAAACGUAUCUCAGCCCAUCAGGUUGAUGGAGGGAUAAAGCAGAGAACUGAAGACUCCUCUCGUUCUCAGCCUGGCCAUUCAAUCACACCCUCCAUUAAUGUGUCAGAUGAGUUCAAGGCCUUUGAAAUCUCCAAAAGGGACAAGGAAGACCCAAACAGAGAAUUACAGGGAAGGGGCAGUUUCCAUGGAUCUCAGCUGACUGACAUGGAGCACAGCGACAAUGAGAAGGGAAGAGCACAAAGAGACGUAGGACACACCAUUACAGUGAUAGGAAAUGGUCUGCACCCCCCUACAGCUGGAGUAAUGGAUCAGUCCAAGCCUGCAGAGCAGCAGGGAGGAGAUUUAGGUCUGACACAGGGAAGAGAGGCAAAAGUGGAAGAAGAGGAGACAGACGUGGAAGUGGCAGUGGAGGCAUUGGAGAUGAAAGAUGAGGAAGAGGAGGAGCAGAAGGACAGAGACGCUGAAUCUGCUCAAAAGGAUCUCCCAGUGGAGACUGUAGUCAGUGGUUCAGAGAUGGGGGCACAGCAGCAUCAGGAAUCCCAGGACAGCGAAAAAACCCAUCUGAACCAGGAAGCCCACUCUCAAGAGGAGAAUGUGAAGCAGCAGGAACCAGGUGAGGAGGAAGAAGAGGAUGGGGAGGAGGAAGUGUAUGAAGAAGAGCAGGCUGACAUAAUCAAAGAAGCUGCUACACUGGAUGACAUGGCUAAACUCAUCACUGUAGAGGAGAUGUCUCCUGCCUCUGGCCUGGUCUCCAUAUUAAAGAGGCGAAGUGUGUGUAUGGACAAUGUGAGCACAACUACCUCCUCAGAUCUGCAGCCGGAGAAACCCACUGCCAAAAGACGUGUUCGCUUCAAGGUUCCCGACGACGGCUACGAGCAGGAUGUUGGUGGUGGAGACUCCUGCCUGCUCCUUUUUUUGCUUUGUCUGGUCACAGUUGUGAUCAGCGUGGGUGGAACUGCCCUUUACUGUGCUCUGGGUGACGUCCACUCUUCAGUCUGUCAGGACUUCUCCAGAAACGCAGACUUCUACAUUGGGCAGAUCCAGCGUGGGAUAACUCAUAUCCAUCACUGGUUUGCUCCUGGGUCAUAGCAACGAACCUGCAGUACAGCGAGGCCCGUGGACGUUUCCGUUUUUCCAUCGUAGGUCACAGUAGAUACAGCUACCACCUGGGGUAAUGGUGCAGGACAGCUGCUACAGACCCUUCCUCUUGGAGCCUGAACUACUGCAUUUUUAAUGCUCUGUGAGGACAACUCCAGGGAUCACUGAGAAGUCAUAGGUUGGAUGUCCAUUUGCAACACUUCUCUGAAAGUUGAAACAAUACAGAGGGAUAAUGACCUACAGCCCUCUCAGCCCUGUCCACAUGAAAUAAGACAUAAAGUAUCAAGGUUUAAAUAUUUAAGAGUCAGUGCCACCUAACUUAAAGGUCAUUGGUAAAUUAGUAAUUAGUAAUGCCAUAACUCUGUCACACUGGAUACCUAAAGUCAGCUUUAAGUGACAUCCACCAAGCUGUAAAAGCAGAUUCUAUAUGACGUAUAUUUUGCGCAGAGAUGCUCUCUGGACACACUGCACAAGGAAAGCUGUCUCGACAGGCAUUUUACAAACUGCUGCAACCAGUAGUGUUGCUUUUAUUAUUUUUUAAAUUACAUGAAAUUUUAAAAUGAACAAACCUUUCUGUGGUCUGCUACUUGAAAUGGACUCAUUGUGUCUUAAUCGUGUCUUAAAUCUUUGAGUGAAUGUUUGGAGUUCAAUGUUAACCUUUGUGUCACUUGUAGGGCAUUUAUACAGUAAUGUGUCAUGUCAGAACAAAGAGCGGGUGUUUCUGGUAUUUGUCAGAAUCUGAGCUGCUAAAAAGCAAUGUGCAGGACAGAUGCGUCCAGUGGGGGAAGUCAGUGCAGUUGCAUGAAGAACAUAAAGAGCUCCACGGGCACUCACCCCUCUGCGCGCAUCUGACCAUUCAAUGCCCUUUUCUCUCUAACAACCACCAAUAAAUUUGUAGCGAGCUAACACGGCUGCCACUGGAGCAUAAACUCUAAACUACCUGAACAUGGGCUUCAAUGAGCUAAGUUUAGCUUUGUGUAGCAUAUGCAACAUGUACAGGACAGAGCAACUCUGUAUAUAUUGUCAAAAGAAUGUUUUACAUGUUGCAUAAAAGACUGGUACGAUUUGAUCUAUUUUCACAGGCUUUCCAUAUAAUCAGAACAAAAAAAUUCUAUAUCCAAAAGGUUUUCAGGUUCAGUGUGAAAAGGAGAUUUCAGUGAUAAGCUGGCAGAUCACUUGAUUGGAGAUCUCUCCACUCGUCCCAUGCUGUGUAUCGCUCUAAAGAAUCAGCAAAGGAAUAAUGUUUGAGAAAUGUACCGAUAAAACUAUAAUCAUUCUGUACAGGAUUUGAUGUCCUGCACUGCUUUUUUUUUCUUUUUUCUUUUGCUGUUGUUUGUGAUUCUGGGCAUCAUCCUUAAAGUGUGACUAUCACUAUUUUCCCAAACCAGUUAGUCUUUUUAGAAUAGUAUUUGCCAUUUUUGGUGAGAAAAAGUGUCCUACUUCACAACGAUAGAGAAACGGCCCAUUUAAACAUCUUACUUACAUUUUUAACAUUGAACGUAUAUACGUGUAAUAUUUGACAUUUUUUUAGAUAUGAGGUUUUCCCAGGUUGUAAGAAAUUAUAGAUUGACGCUUCUUUUUAUUUGCACAUGUCUUCUGCUGGUUCAGAUGACCAUCACUUAGAAAAUCUCCUAUUUAAUCUUUUAUGUGAUUUUAAUUAUUUAUCAUUAUUGGGGUUUUUAUGUGGAAGCAAGAGAAAUGCAUCAGCUGUUUUUGUUUGCUUUGCUCAGUUAUGAUCAUUGCAAAGCAUAUUAAUUUCUCUAUACCAUAUGAGGCUUUUUAUAAUCUGUGGCUUCAUUUUUUGGUUAAUUUUUUCUUGAUUCAUAAAAGGAGCCUAUUUCUUCUGUUCUGGCAUAAUAGGCUGUACAUCGAUCUAUUAGUUUUGCCUUGUUGGCUUUUCUCAACAUCAGAAAGGAAUGAAAAUUCCUGAUAUGGGUUGGUCAGUACAGUUAAAAACUUGAUGACCUAAAUCAUGAAUUAUUUGCUGAUUUGUUUUAAUUUGUUAUAAGAUGUUUUUGUUUUGUCUCUUGUUAAAGCCAUUGGAAAAAAGUUGUUUGUGAGCCUCCAUUCUGUCUCUUCUACAACCGUACUGACAUAUAGUCGUGUUUACAUAGUCAGAAGGUAACUUGGUAUUUACUGUAGACAUUAAGGCACAUUUAAACUCAGACUCACUCUCGGUAUCAAUAAAUUUAGCCUGGGUGAGUUAAUUCAACCAAACAAUGCAACAGCACCUCCUGUCUUACAAACUGUGCCCCUGCAGCAUGAGGACCAGACUUAAAGUUACAAGGGCUAUGAUCACAAACUUUUACAUGUAUGAUGUGCAUUUUAUGUGAAUGUAUCUUUGUUGUAGAUCCUCUGGCUUCUCUGACAUAAGAUGCAUGUUUAGCAUUUGCUGGAAAAUAAACCUGCCUGCAAUAUUA